AUGUCGGCAUUAGCGAGAUUCUGGACGCGGUCCUACGCGCCGGACUACCUUGGCUUCGUAAUCCUGGCAGUGGCAUACACCCUCAUUGCUCUUCUCGUCGAGCCCUUCCAUCGACUCUUCUUCAUCAAUGACCUGGCCAUCUCCUUUCCCCAUGCAGAGCACGAGCGUGUUCCAGUCGUCUGGAAUGUCCUCUAUGCCGGCGCCGUCCCGCUACUCCUCCUGAUCGCCAUCAACACCCUCACUCGCGCCUCGGUCCAUAAGCACCACGUCACCAUCCUAGGCCUCCUCAUCGCCCUCGUCUUGACCUCCUUUCUCACAGACACCGUCAAGAACGCCGUCGGCCGCCCGCGCCCCGACUUGGUAGCCCGCUGCAAGCCCGCGCCCGGCACCCCCGAGAACACCCUCGUCGGCAUUGACGUGUGCACCGAGGUCCGCCCCCACGUGCUGCACGACGGCUGGCGGAGCUUUCCGAGCGGGCACUCGAGCUUCAGCUUCGCGGGGCUGGGGUACCUCAGCCUGUUCGUCGCGGGCCAGGUGCGGCUGUUUGUGGUUGGCGGCGCCGGCGGCGCGGUCCCGCAAGGAGAUGAGGGCGAGCAGGUGAGGGCCGUCUACGCGAGGGGCGAUCUCGCCCGGGCUCUUCUCUGUCUGGCGCCGGUGCUGGGCGCGGCCAUGAUUGCCAUCAGCCGGUGCCAGGAUUACAGGCAUGAUGUGUAUGAUGUGUGCACGGGUUCCUUGCUGGGGUCGGUUAUGGCAUACUGGAGCUAUAGGAGGUACUGGCCGAGGCUGGGCAGCUGGCACUGCAGCGAGCCAUAUCCUGGACCAAGCAAUGAUGUGGGCGGGCCGCUUUAUGGGAGGCUAAGAGAUGAGGAGGAAGGGGGAACGGGGCCGCGGACGGGGACGAGGACGAGGAGUAAUGUAGGAUUGGAGCUGGGCGUCCUCCCUUCUUGA